AUGGAGACGAGACAAUCGCCAGGUGUCACUUUCGGAGUGUUGAGAUCGGCGGCCGGGACGCACGGGGACGCAUCACUGGAUUGAGCCAGCUGUCCGUCGCUCCCUCUCUCGCAAGCCCUGUCUCAGCCUCCAGGAACAGCCGCCGCGGCAUCGUUUUUUCCCCUCGACCCCUCCUCUCCUCUUCAUCUCCCAUUCUGCUGCUUGCGCCACUGUGGGAAUGCGGCUGAGGUGAACCGCUCGUAAAGGUGUCUACGUAUUCACUGUCCUCGCGCCAGGAGCGGAUUUAUUUGCAGAGGAGAGUGGCGGGCUGGUCGGACACCCACCGACCAUAAGCCCCCCCCCCCCCCCCCCCCCACUAGGGAACCUACCCGGCUGUCACUCCAGGAAAGCAAAAGUGUAACCCCCGGAUCAGUUGGAUCAGCACCAUCUUGUUUGAAACUUCACCUCUAUACUGGAUUACUUGAGAAAAAAGAUUCAAGUGGGUGAUGCAAACUUGAACUUGGAUGAUCGAACUGAACAAGCGGCGGCAAAAAGGGCAUGACAAUUAUUUUUAAGCACCCGAGCACGCACAUGGAUUUACAGCUCUGAUCUCCGCCACCUCGCAACGGAUCAAUACCCAAUGUUUUUUUUUUCCUCAAAACAAGGGAGCCAAUCAUCUUGGGAUUUAUCAUCGCUUUGUUUGAGGCGCCCCCUCACCCUUGCUUCCGUCCUCCAGCCCUCCAUCUCACCUGUGCAUAACCUGCGAGUUUAUGUGUCUGUGUGUUCCUGUGCAUGCGUGUGUUUGCUUCCUUGUCCGCCAGAGGGAGUGCGGGUUGUGUGUUGCUUGUCUGCAUGUGAGUGCUGCGCCAGCGUUUAAUUAGUUGUUCCCUGAAUGUGUGUGAGUGUUAGAUGUGGCACAGUAGUGCUUUAAAGGCGUGUGCAUGCAUGUGUGUGUAUAUCCAAAUGUAUACAUUGAGAUAUAUGUCGGCUUGUUGUGUAUGUAAGAUGUGCCGCUUUCUUUCUCCACCAUCCGUUCCUUCUCUACGCCCCUCAAUCUUUUGGCAACGUGUUUGACCUCCAAAAGCUCCCAGAGAGACCGAAAGCAGGAUGAGCGAGCACUCCGGUGCGAGCACUCUGGUGGCCAUGACGCUGGAGGAGCCCGGGGCCGAGCAGGCGUCCCCCCGUGCCCCGGGGCCCCUUCGCUGUGGCCCCUGCGCUGUGUGGCCUCGCCAGCAGACCUGGCUGUGCGCCGUGCCCUUGGUAAUGGGCUUUGUGGGUUUGGGCCUCAGUCUCAUGCUGCUCAAAUGGAUUGUGGUGGGAUCCGUCCAAGACUACGUCCCCACAGACCUGGUGGAUCCCAAAGGUAGCAUGGGACAGGAUCCAAUAUUCCUCUCCAAACCCAGUGCCAUGCCCAAGGGGCCGGACAUUCCCACCGUUACCACGUCUGCCGCCUCAACCACAGCAGUGGUUUCCACGACAACGCCUCUAGCCGCCGACGGGACUGCCCCGGCGCCGAGAACUCGAUCUGGGCCGCCGGCGAACCACUCGGCCAAUGGCAGCGCCGCCGGUGGCGAAGGAAACCGAACCCCGCGCCUUCACAACCGCGUUGGCACCCGGGUCGGUGGGACCGCUGUGACCACGUCCACCGCCCGCGCCCCCCGACUCACGCCGCCGCCCAGCGGGAAGGAAGUGACCCCUCGCAGCACGGUCAGGAAAGGAAGCGCCGUCGUCGGUGGGCGCAACGGAGCAGGCCACUCGAAGCCGGGACAGACCCUCUCCACCACCGAGGCCUACGCAACCUCCAGCACUACCACCACCACUGUGAGGAUCGCCACUAAGGUCCAGACAACCGCCUCUCAGCCGCCCCCACCCCCAGUGAAGCCCACGUCUCGCUGGACCCACGGGCGUCAAGGAAAGGCCCCGGCGACACGACCGCACCACCGCUUCCGAACACCGAUGGCCCCAACACAGCCCAGCCUGCGGUCAGAGGUUUUCAAGCCUUGCAUAGAAGAUAAGGACUUGGCCUUUUGCCUCAACGAGGGCGAGUGCUCCAUCAUUGAAACUGUGGCCGGCGUCCAUCGGCACUGCAGGUGUAAGGAAGGCUACCACGGUCUACGCUGCGACCAGUUCGUACCCAAGACGGACGCCAUCUUGUCUGACCCAACAGCAGAUGAACUUGGGAUCGAGUUUAUGGAGAGCGCUGACACCUACCAGAGGCAGGUGUUGUCCAUCUUUAGCAUCGCCUCGGGGAUGUGUCUUCUCGGAGUUGCGUGUAUGGCUCUCUACCGGCGCAACAAGAGGCACCGUCAAAAACUCCAGGCUCACUUCUCAGAAAGUCGCAGUUUAAGAGACUGCGGUAUCAACGCCUCCGGUCUGAUGUCCAAAUCUUCUUCGAGAACGCAGUACACGCUCCAGAAGAGCUGCGGCACCCUCGGGUGCGCUGCCAACGCGGCGCCGGGAGCGUCGAGAAUAUCGCUGCCCAUUCUCAGCAGAGCACAGUCGAAAGGGAAACGCUUCAGGAGCAAUUCCCUCUCUCUCAGUCCGGCCCUGAGACGGAAAGAGACCUGUCAUUUCAGGACGCCGGCCGUUUCCAGAGGAAAGCUGAAGCUGCCGUCCAAUCUGGCGGAGGCGUCGCGAGUGUCCGCUCACGUCUACAAGCACCUGCUGGAGGAGGAGCCAGCCGACCUGGAGUCCUUGAGGAGGUCUCGCUGUCACAAUUCAUCGGGAGAACAGCGUUGAUCCCGAAUGCGGGGGCACGUCCUGAUAACUGGCCAACCCGGAGACUGGCAGCGCCGCGCGCUGCCCGCACGCCGCCUGCUACUUCGUGUUUUAUCUGCAGUGCUUCUCGAUCCGGGGCGGACGUACAACAGUGCAGAUGCUAAUUAACAGAUAAGAGAGAGUUCCAACAUGACCAAAAUGUUUUCAUUUGUGUAAAGUCUUUCAAAACAAUAAGCGAUAUGCAAACAAUCAGGGUCGAAUACAAUCAGUUUCACAAUUCCAAACAAUUUAUUUUUUUCCCAUAGAAAAUGGGUGAAUUACAAAUGACCCUAGAAUGGAUUAUCCAGGCUUUUAACUUGAGUUCAAGUGUAAAAACAAUAAAAUGUUCAGUUUUUAUUUUAUGACAACUAAAGUUGAAAUGUUACGAGAAAUCAAUGUCAUAAUUUUAUGAGAAAGGUUGCAAUUGAGAAAAAAAUUUAAAUAAAAAAAAAAGUUCAAAUUAUUCAUAGUUUUUUUGUGGAUGUAGUCAUAGUAUUAUGAGCAAAAAAAUAUAAUUUGAGAAAAAAAUACUUCAUGAGAAUACUUUUAAUUUCAAGAAAAUAUCGUAGCGUGAGAUCUCUUCUCAUCUCGCAAAUUUAGCAGGGUCAGGCCUGGUUGGUACUUAGAUCUGUUAGACUCUAUAAAACCAUAUUUUGGUCAAAUUCAAAGAACUGAGGGACAUUUGAUUUGAAGUUGGACUGUGUUAAACUACAUCUCACAAGUACAAAAACAAAUUCUCACAAAAGCCAAAUCUGCGAGGUCCAUCACAUUCUUAUUUCCCCGGGAGAGAAGAAUUUGUUUCGUUAAACAUUUCCAAUCUCGUUGGCCUUACAUAAUUGCCUGCCAGAUCUACCUGAUCGAGUGAGGUUAAAGUGGCCUCAUUUUGGACAAAAGGUGCAGCGGAGUCACAUAUUGGAUGUCCGACGUUGACAAGAUUGAUUUCAGAAACUUUCGUGCUCACGCAGAUCUCAAGUGUAAUAAGAUUAAAGUAGGUUAUGUAGCACUUCCUAAGAAGAAUGAUCCAGAAUGUCAAGGAGCGCCACAAGCUAUUCCUAAAAAACAACACUAAGAACACAGAAUUAUUUUCGCUUUUACUUAAGUUGCCCAGGCAAGCUUGGUGUGUAAGGAAGUGCUUUUAGUCGUGUCUCUCAGAAACAACCUAAUUUGCUGUCAGACUGUGCAAUUUUAUCAAAAACGCCUGUCAUUAAAGAAAGCAGCGGUGUCCCUCACGGUGCUCCCGUUAGCACGCUGGUCUGAUUGAACAGCACGGCAACUCGAAAGAUAACACUGCCUGCUGACAAACUCCUUGUGACCUAUUUCCAACAUUUUUUUUGCUUGUUUUUUUUUUUUUUUUUUUUUUUUUUUUUAAACAAAGCUUCACAUAGCCGAGCAGUUCUCCAUCCCAGAAUCGGCAUAUCCCCAAUUGAGGUUAUGGCUUUUGUCUUCAUUUGAAAGAGAAUUAGUGUGAAAUGUGCUCUCAUCAGUCACUCAACAGACACUCGCAGUCAUGUUCUGCAGUGCUUCUGAUGACAUUUCCAUGAAUGCUCUAGGGGAUUGAGUCUUGCUUUUCGACUUCAAAUUUCAUGGACCAGAUCUUACUUAAUUUGCAGAAUACCCUGGUUACUUGAUAUGUCCACUCGAGGAAAAACAAAUGAGCUCCAGGCAAUUUAAGCUCAACUAGUAAAUUGAAUACAUUUCAAUCUCAUUAGCCGUCAACACAGUUCCACCCGUUGAUUGCUUGUCCUCUAGCAGGUUAAAGUGACCUAUUUCUGGACUGAGCAGACAUACAACACCAAGCUUCAGAGCAGCCCCCACUUGCCCAACUCCCCCCCCCCGCCCCCCCCUCCCUUCCUCCCUUCUUCCCAGUUGCCAUGGAUACAUAGUCUCAUCUCUGGAUAGGAGUAGUGGGAGGUGGAUGGUGGGAUGAGGGGAGGUAAAGUGAGGGGAGAUUGUGACGAUAGUGCAGCAAAAGGGGAAGAUAAAGACAGGGAGUGUAAAAACAGGGUUGAGCGUGGCGCAGCAACUCGGGAAGUGCCCCUCCACGUUUUCCCAUUUCGAGACAACAAAUCACCCGCUGAGCGUUGUCACUUUUAUUAUCCAGCAUCAAAACAUAUUUACCCGUCGCCGAUAAGAACAGAACUGAAGGCAACUUUGCAAUUGGAUUUAUUUUUAGAUAUGUUUUCAUCUGCCGGAUUUACCUCCAGCUUGCAUUUCCCCUUCUAAUACCAAGGGGAGUGGGGAAGUAAUUCAAUUACAUAAACUUGGUUAUGGUACAAACAGUCUCUGAAGGCUGGCAAUAACAGCGGCUGUCUCCUCAAACGGGGGGUAAAUCUAAAUGUGAACCCAGGACCGGGGAACAGCAUUAACUCUGGUGCACACCAACUUCUCCACUCUCGAUUAGUUCUUUGCUGCUUUUCAGUGGAAGUAUAACACACAUUUCACAAUGAUUUGCAAGUAAAUCAAUCCCAUUCACGAGUCACUAUGACCGAUUUUUAACAUAUUAACCGAUUUAAAAUUUUGAAUGCGACAUGCGACGAAUUGACCAACACGGCACACCUAAGAAGAAUGGUCCAGAAUGUCAAGGAGCUCCACAAGCUAUUCCUGAGAACACAGAAUUAUUUUCGCUUUUACUUAAGUUGCCCAGGCAAGCUUGGUGUGUAAGGGAGUGCUUUUUUGAAUUGACCAACACAGCACACCAAGCACAUUACCAUAUCUUCACGAGGACUUUCUCGUUAAUUAAUAGUUUCUGACCUGUGAGAGGCUGUGUGGUGGCACAAGGCAUUCAGACUGCCGUAAAAUACAAAGAAGAGUUCCCGGCAACAAUUUCAGCUAUCUUCCUAAUUGGCCAUUGUUCCGUUUCAUGUCACAAUUACACAGAGUGACUGGCCCAAACUUUUUGGGAUCGUAAAUAUUUCUGAUUGUCAGCCGCGACUGUUUUCCGAGCAGAUUGGGAAGGAGAAAUCAUGCUUACCGACCCCACAUUCCAGGAUACUUGAUCAGAAUAAUCUUUUAAGCACGCCGGACACUGAGCGACGCAGCCGAAACCAAUAUUUGUGAUUUCAUAUGUACCUGUGGCUACAAGGCAAAGCGCAAAAUCUCUUGUUGCUGAAAUUCACAGGUACAGUCCACAAAUGCGGCGCUGAUCAUUGCCAACAGCCUCUCAAAAUAUCCACACAUUCUCCUUUAUUCUCACCCGUUUAUUCUCCUUUUGGCCUUCCACCCCUACCUUGACAAUCGCACCAUGUUUUUGUGGUUCAAUAUGAAAUACUACUGUACAGUACAUUGUAUGUGGAGCUUCAAAACCCAAUACAAGGUUGCCAUUUUUUCCAUUGCAGCACGUCAAACUGUAUGCUGUACUUAAUCGUUUCGGAUUGCCAUAGUCCACUUCAGUUGCCUUUGGCCGCAUUGCUCGGUGUGCGGCGGGCCUCUUAGACAGCCGAUAACUGUGACUUUGCUGACUUUGAUCGGAAAGGGAGGAAAACUCGGAAAACUAAUUGUUGGUAUGUUUACCCAUCUUAAGGCGAGGUCAUUGCACCGGACUAUUGUAAUAUUAGUCAUUCGAACUGCUCUAAGUGCUCGAGGACUCUUUUGCACAAUUGGCAUUACCAGAUAACGAGCAACCCUUUGUUGCUCAGUGACUGUUUUUCUCAAUGUCUUUGUCUCAAAAGUGUUCUCUGUCAAUUGAGUGUCUGUUGUCGUACUAGAGUGGCUCCAAUUACCGGAGACAAAUUCCUUGUGUGUUUUUUGGACAUACUUGGCAAAUAAAGAUGAUUCUGAUUCAACAUUCAUCUAGAAACAUAGAUUAUGAAUAAUUAAACAGCAAUUAAAGAGAUAAGAUUGCAGAGAUCGUUUUGUUUUGUAGGAGAAAAGCAGCUUUAUUACCGCACCCUGGCACUUUUUAUGAGAAAUAUCUGAUGCGGUGUAAAGGUCACCAUCAUAAUGACUUGUUCUCUAAUUCCUAUUUCAUUCCCUCCCGCCUCAAGGUGUGAUCCGAGCGGGGGAAAGGUCGGCGGCCUCCUCAGCAGGACCUCUCACUUUGCCGCGAGAAAGGGAUGGACCGAGGUGCCUUGCACUCGC